AUGGUUAUCAAAACGUCACACCAAGUCAAAGCUCCAGGAGGUGGACAGUUUAUUGAAGGAGUUCGAAACGCCGGAGAAGGCAACAAAGUAGUGAAGUUGAAGCAUUUUGAGAAAUUCCAGGACACAACAGAGGCUUUGGCAGCGGCCACUGCCAUGACGGAAGGGAAGAUGGGGAAGAGUCUGAAGAAGAUCCUGAAGAAAGUGGUGGCUAAAGAAGCUCAUGAACAGCUGGCCAUCAGCGACGCUACUGGGGGCGUCAUCAAGGAGAAGUUGAACCUGAGCUGUGUCCACAGCCCUGCGGUGGCAGAGCUGAUGAGAGGCAUCAGGACACAGAUGGAGGCCCUGAUCACUGGGCUGCCCCCCCGGGAGAUCAGCGCCAUGUCUCUGGGACUGGCUCACAGUUUGUCCCGUUACAAGCUGAAGUUCAGCCCUGACAAAGUGGAUACCAUGAUAGUUCAAGCUAUCUCUCUGCUGGAUGACCUGGACAAGGAGCUCAACAACUACAUCAUGCGCUGUAGAGGUGGUACGGCUGCACUUCCCCGAGGUGGGAAGAUCAUCACUGACAACCUGGCCUACUGCAAGAGUGUCCGCAAGAUAGGGGCUCGUACCAACGUGGCGACCACUGACCUGUCUGAACAUCUCCCCGAGGAGGUGGAGGCAGAGGUCAAACUGGCCGCAGAGAUCUCCAUGGGAACGGAGGUGUCCGAGGAGGACAUCGGCAACAUCAUGCAACUGUGUGACCAGGUGAUAGAUAUUACAGAGUACCGCACCCAGCUGUACGACUAUCUGAAGAAACGGAUGAUGGUCGCUCCCAACCUGACUGUCAUGGUGGGGAACUGGGGGGCACGGCUCAUCUCACAUGCCGGGUCCCUGUUGAACCUGGCCAAGCACCCGGCCUCCACAGUCCAGAUCCUGGGAGCAGAGAAGGCCCUGUUCAGAGCCCUGAAGACGCGCAGAGACACGCCCAAAUAUGGUCUCAUCUACCACGCCUCUCUGGUGGGACAGACCUCGGCCAAGAACAAGGGCAAG